AUGUGCCUUGGUAUUAUCGGAAAAAACUCGAAUCGUUUUACAGUACAGUUUUUCUUAUUUAUAUGUUUUAUUGUUAUGGCUACAAAUGUAGUGGUCUCAAUGAAGCCACAAGACUUUAGAACUUGUGCGCAGACUUCAUUUUGUCGCAGAAAUCGUGCAUAUGCUGACAAAGCUACUUCUAGCUCGUUUAUUUCACCGUAUAAUGUAGUUAAAGACACAAUUAAUAUAGAAAAUGGAAUUAUUUCAGGGGAAUUAAUUAAUACUGACAAUAAAGUCUCUUUUAUUUUUGAAAUUCAUCUUUUAAUAAAUAAUAUUGCUAGAAUCAAAAUCAAUGAAAAAUAUCCAUUAAAACCAAGAUAUGAUGGGGCAAAAUAUUGGUCUCUAAUUCAAGAGCCUUUAAAUACUUUGGAAUACACAGAAAAUCCUUCAACUGGAAAGGAUGGUGUUACAUCUCUUUCUUUCGGGGUAGAUAGGAAUCAUAAAGUUAUAAUACAUCAUACCCCAUUUCACGUUGAAUUAUUGGUUAAUGAUGAGCCAGUCAUUAUAUUUAAUAAUCGUGGAUUCUUUAAUUUUGAACAUUUAAGAAAAAAAGAUGAUCCAGCCAAUCAACCUGAGGAAUUAACAAUUCAAUCUGAAAUAAAUGCAGAACAGGAGGAAGGUUUAUGGGAAGAAACAUUUAAUGGAAAAUUAGAUUCAAAACCAAAUGGGCCCGAGUCUAUUGGUCUCGAUAUCUCAUUCCCCGGGUUUAGCCACGUAUAUGGUAUCCCUGAACACGCAUCAACUCUUUCAUUAAAGGAAACACGCGGAGGAGAUGGCGCAUAUAACGAACCGUAUCGAUUAUAUAAUUUGGAUGUAUUUGAAUUUGACUUAGAUAGUCCAGCAGCUUUGUAUGGCUCGAUUCCAUUUUUGUUGGCACAUCGCAAGGGAGCAUCGACUGCAAUAUUAUGGCUCAAUGCAGCUGAAACGUGGAUUGAUAUUGUCAAAAGCAAAGAUGACAAAGGUUUCCUCAGUUUCGGAAAAUCCACACCCACUUCAACGCAUACACAUUGGUUUUCUGAAUCUGGUAUUAUUGAUGUAUUUGCUUUUCUUGGACCAACUACAUCUGACAUAUUCAAGCAAUAUGGGUUGCUUACCGGAUUCACUGCUCUACCUCAAUCAUUUGCAAUCGGUUAUCAUCAAUGUCGCUGGAAUUAUCUUAAUCAGGAUGAUGUAGCCGAAGUAGACGAAGGUUUUGAUAAAUAUGAUAUCCCAUAUGAUGUAAUUUGGUUGGAUAUUGAGCAUACCGAUGACAAAAGAUACUUUACAUGGGACAAAGUAAAAUUCUCAGAACCUGAAAAAAUGCAAAGAGAUAUUGGUAGGAAAGGGAGAAACAUGGUUGUUAUCGUAGAUCCACAUGUAAAAAGAGACGAUAAUUAUUAUAUUUAUAAAGAAGCUAAGGAUUUGGAUAUUCUUACCAAAGAUAAAGAUGGUAAAAUAUUUGAAGGCUGGUGUUGGCCUGGUAGCUCAGUUUGGAUUGAUUGGACUAAUCCAAAAGCUCAAGAGUGGUUUGCCAAAAAAUUUGCAUUUGAUCAAUAUAAGGGUUCGACCGAAUUCUUAUUUAUUUGGAAUGAUAUGAAUGAGCCCUCCAUUUUUAGUGGACCUGAAAUUACAAUGCCGAAAGAUCUUCUUCAUUAUGAAGGAUGGGAACAUCGCGAUUUACAUAACCUUUUUGGAAUGACUUUUCAUGCAGCGACAUCUCAAGGUUUAAUUAACAGAACAAGUCCGAAUCAUCGUCCUUUUGUACUUUCUCGAUCAUUUUUUCCUGGAAGUCAACGAUUUGGUGCAAUUUGGACGGGUGAUAUUGCCGCAAAUUGGGACCAUCUAGCUGCUUCAUCCCCAAUGUUAUUGACUAUUGGUAUUUCUGGAUUGCCAUUCUCAGGAGCUGAUGUCGGUGGAUUCUUUGGGAAUCCUGAACCUGAACUACUAGUUCGUUGGUAUCAAACCGGUGCUUUUCAACCAUUCUUUAGAGCACAUGCUCAUAUUGAUACCAAACGUCGAGAACCUUGGUUAUUUGGAGAACCGUACACUGGUUAUAUAAGAAAUGCUAUUCGACAAAGAUAUAUUUUGUUACCUUUUUGGUAUACUUUAUUCCAAGAAGCUAGUACUAAUGGAAUGCCAAUUAUUAGACCGAUGUUUGUAGUUUUUCCUGAUAAUGAAGAAACAUUUGCAAUGGAAGAUCAAUAUUUCGUUGGAAAUUCUCUUCUUGUCAAACCUAUUACGAGUCAAGGACAAACUACUACUGAAAUUUACUUUGCAGGAAACGAUCUAUAUUAUGAUUAUUAUACAUUUAAAAAAGUUCAAGGAUCUGGUAAAUUAAAAAUGGAUAUUCUUAUGAAUAAGAUUCCUGUGUUCUUAAGAGGGGGAUCUAUUAUCCCUAGAAGACAAAGAUUUAGAAGAUCUUCAUCAGCUAUGUAUUCGGAUCCAUUUACGCUCUUGGUUGCUUUAAACAAAAAGGGAGAAGCAGCUGGAACAUUGUAUUUAGACGAUGGAAAAACAUAUGAAUAUCUAAAAGGACAUUACAUUCAUAGAAAUUUUAAUUUUACAUCGGGAAAAUUUAUAUCAACCUCAUUUAAUAAUGAACAAGUUCAAGAUAAUGAAAAUAAUUAUAUUAAAUCAAAUGAUGAUGUUAGGAUAGAAAGAAUAAUUGUUCUUGGAGUUGAUAAAUCACCAAAGAAAAUAAUUGGAUAUUAUAAUGAUUUAAUAGACGAUAAAAAAGAAUUGAAAUUUAGUUUAGGGGGAAUUAAUGAUAUAAAGGGAAUUGUGAGUACUUCAAUUGGAAUCGGUGUUGAAGAAAUAUCUAAAGAUAUCAUUAUUAUUAGAGACCCAAAGUUACUUAUAAGUAGAGAUUGGACUAUAGAAUUUGUUAACUAA